AUGAGGGAACCUUUUGACAAUAAUACAAUAUCUGAGGAGCAAGAAAAUAUUGAGAAUGAACAUGAAUUUGAGCAAAAUAGUGUUAUUGACACAGUUGCAGUUCAGACGAAGCGUGAUAAUUGUCAAAGUACGAUAAAUUUAUGUGAAAUUGAUCAAAAAAGAAAUACUGCGAGACGACAUGUUAGAAAUGUACAAUUUGAAGACGAUUCUGAUAGUGAAAGUAAAGAUUCGGGUUCGUCGUAUCAACCAACAGAUUCAGAGGAGUCUAUCGACGAGGAAGAUUGCUUAGUCGAAGAGGUGACUGAUGACGAAAAUUCUGGCAGUAGGAUCAGUGGAACAGGCAUUGCUAAUGAAAAUUGCUCGGCACUGAGGUACAAAGUUUUAUUAAUUUAA